AUGUACGGCCUCGGCCUCCGCACGUCCUUUUACCUCCUCCACCUCUCGACCCUGUUCCUCGAGCUCCUAGAGCAGGAAUAUAUCGUCCUUCUCCUGUCCGCCGAGCUCGUCCUCAACUUUGCGCUUUUGCUUGCAUUGAUAUUGCAGGUUGCUGCUGGGGGGUUGCAUAUUGUUGAGGUGUAUAUUCUUCUUCUUCUCCUCUCCGUCACUGUCUACCUCUUCGUCCCGAGACAUGCGGCGGAUUUGGCAAUGGUGUUUUGUCCUCAUUUGGGGUUGCGGGUGAAAAGUAGGGGGAGGGGGGUAGAUGUGCUGGGUUGUUUGAGGGGGGGUUAUGGAUUGGUUGUGGUUGGUGUGCAGGUUUGGUUUUGGGGUAGGGGGGUGGAUUCGGUUAGGUAUAAUGACGGUGGUGGUGGUGGUGGUGGUGAUGGGAAAGGGUGUUUGGAGUAUGGGUUUUUGUUUGGGGCGAUGGAUCUUAAGAGCGGGAGUAUGAAGGGGUUGAAUAUUUUGUUGGUGUUGGGGAUGCUGACUGGGGGGUUGGUGGUGGUGGGUUGUGUGAAGAGUGGGUGGUGGGGGGUUAGGAAGGGAGGGAGGAAGAAGAAAAUGUGGGAAGCACAAAAGUGGUUGGAGGCCUUGGGGGGCCUUGCGAUCGCCGUAACCGUGAUCGUUGCGAUUGAGCUGACGAUUCGAUGGAACCGCAUCGGGGCUGAGAACAGUGUAAAUCAGGCAACCACCGCCGCCCAACUCAUCCCGCUCUUGCUGGUUAUCGCACUCAUUUCGACAUUUUUGUACGGGGUCUUCAGUAACGACAAGUCAGACGACGGUAGUCUGGUUGUUACGCUUGAAGCAGGGUCAUCAUCGUCGCCAUCGGGCUCAGGUACUGGGUCAAGCCCAUCCGGCUCUGGUGGUUCCGGUCCUACACCAGUUGUCGUUGCUGAAAGACCACCAGCCCCAUCACCACCAAUGCCACCAUCAAGACACAGCCCGAGAUUCCCUGGGCCACCACCCGGUCCACCUCCAGCUUCUCAUCACAGCGGCUACAGUCACAGCGGCUAUAGUCACAGCGGCUCACCUACUCCUCCAUCGCCUCUGAGCCCAAGGAUAAUCAACGUCUCACCCUCCGGGCCAGUAGCUAGACCAUCAGUCAACUAUUAUCGCCAAGUGGCUCCCCAUCCCUACUUCCCGUAUGAAGGACCCGAGUACUACGACCCGAACAGAUCACCUCCCCGCAUGUCAGGAGGUAUCGGGGCAAGGUGGCCACGUUUCGCGAAACCAAUGGGUCCCCGCCCGCCUCCCUCUCCUACCAAGUCAAUAGACCCAGCCAACGACAAACUCUGGGACGAAGUUCUCAGCGGCGCACCAGGCACACAAGGGGAACCACUGAUAACUCAAAAAGACAUCGACGACUUGUUCAACCCGCCACCGUCAGCAAUGCUGAUUACCGAUGCGGAUGUGGCGGCUGUGAUGGAGCCUUUGGUGACAGACGCAGAUGUGGAGGAAGUGAUAAGGGAGAUGCUGACGGAGCAGGACAUAGCAGACGCUCUGAAAGAUAAGAAGCCGUGA